AUGCUCGGCAUCAAAGCCCUGUCAACUAUCGUCCUGGCCCUGACCGCGCAGGGGAAGUACAUUGUCCCCGGGGGCCGAUGGCGCGACACGGACGGCAACCUGGUCAACGCGCACGCCGGCGGAAUCCUCUUCGACGAGAAGUCGGAGAAGUUCUGGUGGUUUGGCGAGUACAAGACCGAGGGCCAGGAAGAGGGCGGCGGCGUGUCGGUGUAUAGUUCGGAGGAUCUGGCGACGUGGGAGGCACACGGGAAAGCUCUCGAGCCCAUCGAGGGCCACCCCUACAUCUCCCCGGAACAUAUCAUCCAACGGCCCAAGGUGGUCUACAGCGAAGAGGCGGGCCAAUACCACAUGUGGUGGCACGCAGACAACUCUACCUACGGCUGGCUUCUCCAGGGAUUCGCCACGGCCGAUACCCCAGCUGGUCCGUACACGUUUGUCGACGCCACCGCGCCGCUGGGCAACUGGUCGCAGGACUUUGGGCUGUUCACGGACUACAAGGACGGGCGGUCGUACGCGUUGUACUCCAACGGCGAUAGGGUCGAGGGCCGCGACGUCUACCUGACCGCGUAUAAUGAGAACGUCACGGCGCUGGAUGAGGUUGUUUACCGGUUCCCCAAGUUCGAUCUCGAGGCGCCCACCAUCAUCCAGACGGAGAAGAGCUACUGGGCGUUGAUGAGUCACAAGACGGGCUACAGACCGAACAAUGUGGUUGCGUUCCGGGCAGACUCUCUAAGUGGCCCCUGGUCUCAGCCGUUUAUCGUUGCGCCGUUGAACACACGUACGUUUAACUCGCAGUCUGGGUUCUCGCUGCGCAUCAAGGGGAGCAAGAAGACGACGUAUUUGUACAUUGGCGAUCAGUGGGAUAUGAACUCCCUGUGGGAGAGCCGGUAUAUCUGGCUUCCGAUGGAGAUUGACGAGAGGAAAAAGACGCUGGAGCUGGUCUGGCACGACGUCUAUGAUCUGAAUGUAAAAACCGGGGAGUGGAAACCAAUCCAGGGCAAGACGUACUCGGCCAAGAGUGCAAAGACCAACGGCGCCGCAUACAAGCAAGAAGCUAACUUCGCGACGGACGGGGUGAUCCUGACAGGCAUCUAUGGCAACGACAGCACAGUCACGUUUGAGGGAGUCGAGGGAACUGGAAAGCCGCAAUGGGUGUCUUUCUAUUAUCAAAACAUCGAUGACAUGGGAUUCGGUGACCAGCCUGAAGGCAAGCCAGAUCGGAUCGGGGGCUCCUGGCAGCUCCGUCGCAUCAGCAGCGUGGUCGUCAAUGGCAAGACCGAGAACGUCGAGACGCUCUACCAGCGCGACACGCAUAAAGGAAUCAUCCUGUCGACACCUCUGCAGCUGACUCUGGAGAGAGGAAGACACAAUACGAUCACGGUUGGGGGGCUGUACAACGGGGUUGACUAUAAGGGAGCGGACUUGGAUCGCAUUGUGGUGUAUCCGCCUGAGAAGUGA